AUGCUUUUUUUUACCUUUUUUCAACAAUUAGCACAGAAAAAUCACCAUGUGACAGUAGAGCUAAAAAAUGAUUUACAAAUAUCAGGUGUGUUGCAUUCAGUAGAUCAAUAUCUAAAUAUCAAAUUAACGAAUGUGACUGUGAACCAUCCAGAGAAGUAUCCUCAUUUGCUGUCCAUUAAAUCAUGCUUCGUUCGUGGAUCCGUUGUAAGGUAUGUUUUUCUACCGUCAAAGGAAAUUGACAUUGAAAAGUUACACCACAUGUGCAGGAAGGAAGCAAAAAUGAUUUCUGAAAAGGAAAAGGAAAGAAAAUGA